GCGCGCCGGAGCAGCUCGUUGACUUGUCCACUUCGCUGCUUUGCGCCACCUCAUCCUCCUCCACAUCUUCAUCCUCCUCCACAUCUUCACCCUCCUCUUCCUCCGCUGCAUCGCCCCGGACCGCGGCUCCGCUCGCUGCUCGUCACCGGCUCCUUGACUCUGGAGACACUGCGGAUUUUACCCCUCAUCUCGUUUUCUUCCAGUGGACACAGGAGGUGCUCAGUGAGCCGGAGCCGCUGCUGGAUCUCAGAGCCCGGGUUAAUACAGAGCCUCUGUCCGUGCGUCGCUGCAGCUGCACCGGCCCGACUUGGGAAGAGCAACAGCCUCCACCGGAGCAUCAGUGAGGUAGAGAAGCCCGACAACAAAGUGCAGCCAUGGAUGAGAUGGACCUGCCCCAGAUGAAGAAGGAGGUGGAGAGCCUGAAGUACCAGCUGGCCUUCAAGAGAGAGAAGUCGUCCAAAACAGUGACCGAUCUGGUGAAGUGGAUAGAGGACGGCGUCCCGGAGGAUCCCUUCCUGAACCCCGAGCUGAUGAAGAGCAACCCGUGGGUGGAGAAAGGAAAAUGCAUCCUCCUCUAGAAGAGGCCACGCCCCCCCCCCCCCCCCCUGCCAUGACCUCACAUCUUCAACCACGCUGACCAACACACACCCGCAGAUGACCCCUGACCCCGACCCCCUCCGGCCUGCGGAGGCCAUGGCAGGACAGCGCCCCCUAACCUCUCACCGCGAAUGUACAACAGCUGACCCCCCCCCCUCUCUCGAACACGCACUGACAGACACACACAUAGGAUUUCCCCCUGACUGCCACACAGGCCACGGCCACGCAUCACUCUUAUGAUAUGAUGAUGAUCAAUACUCUCACUACUCGUCUCUCUGUGGACACGUGAAGGUUUCUUUAUGCAGCUGCCAGUCACAAGCUUCCUCUUCUCUUUCAUUCUUUAUUCAGAGCAGUUUUUAUUCCAUUUGUUUUGUAAUAAACUGUAGAGACAGAUUCCCACCCACCGACUGACUGGAGGUCAUCUAGGGGCGAUUCUGUUCUCCAGUUUGAAAACUUCAUAAAACAAGUUUUUGGUAUUUUUUUACAUUGCCAAUCAACCGAUUUUAAUCUGUUACAUGAAGGUUAUUAACACUUCAUAAGAUCUAAUCUGAAAUCUCCAUCAUUUCUAGUCUGUUACCCAUCAAGGAUUUGCUUAUGUUGGUUUUACAGGCUCUGACAUGUGAGACCUGCAUAUAUGACUUUAUCACAUAUUGAUUAAAGGUCUUCAUAUGUCUCAACCCUUUAAGACCGGGUGAGACGUUUGAGUGCUUCUCCCUUUAGAGAUGUCAUCGUUUUCUAGACAUGUGACGAAUGGAAAACAUCGUGAUUCGCUGAGAUACUCUGAAAGAACCUGUCAUCAGAGAAAUGCAAGAAAACCAACGUCUGAAAAUAUCAUGAGACUAAAUUUACUAAAGUUAAUCUCGCUAAACAAAAAUGGAGCUUUUACAUGGAUGAACAACACGAGAAGAGUUUUCAGUUUUCAAAUCGGUCCUCCCAGUGUGAGUCACUGGGUUCUCAUAGGUCUUGGUUUGCACACAUCUUUGAAAGUCUGGAUAUCAAGUGUAUGAUCUGCAGCGGGACUCGAUCCUCCUCGGUGUCGGGGGGGUCAGACUCGCUCUGUUUGUGUUGCUGGAGCAGAAUGAAGGUGUGGGUCUCUGGAGGAGGUGUGAGUUUUCUGUUCCCUCUCCUCCUUAGCUACAGGCCCCAAGGCAACACACAAACACACAAACACACACACGCAAGACAUGCACGCAAACCACACACACAUACACACGCACAGAAUCCAUCUGCACACAUGUACAGACAGACCCCUUUAACUUAUUAACUUAUUUAUCAAGACUUGGUUUAUUUAUUUAUUUAUUGAUGAGAACUUUCUCUCACGUUUAGAUUUUGUUGGUUUUCCGUACGUCUGCACUCGCUCCUUCCUCAACUUGAAACAAAACGACAAAACACCGUCUACUGUACGCCUGCCUUGUACACAGUUUCCUUAAUAUAAGAAUGUAAAUAUGUGGCAUGAGGUUUGGACACUGACCCCCGCACCGCUCUGUGUGUGUCUGUGUGUGUGUGUGUAUUUUCAAGAAAAGAGAAACUAAAUUCGGACACCAGGCUCCCAUGUGGCUUCUGAUGCUUGUGCAUGCAGCUGCAUCGCACAAACACACAACUUAUACUUCUAUCUUAGUGAGGACACUCGUUGGUGUAAUGCUUUCCUUUGUCCUGAGCAGCCGGGCGACACAGGAUGUGUGAGUCUUCAGAGUCAAGGUCUCAACUUUUCACAGUUCACAGAAAUAUGAACAGAUUCGAUGUCUAGAUCCGUCAAAUACGUCUCAAAACACAAGUAUUGGCAACACUUCCUGUACUUGUUUCAAAGUAAAAGCACUAUAAUUGUUAUCGUGACAUAUUUGCAGGACCAGCAGAUGCAUGGCUUCCUACCAGAGAGUCCUGGCAUUGAGUUGAGAACAUAGACCUUCUUUUAUUAGAGGAAAUACAGAAGUCAUAACCUCAAAUAGCAGACGUCACCUUAACCAUCACGACUCAAAGCCCGAUCCGGACCUGGACCUAAUUCUUAACCCUCAAACAGCCGUUUAAAAGUGGGUAAGAAAGUGCAGACCAGCCAAUAUCACUCUGUAAGAUCCUCACAAAGAUCUCUGUAGAACACACACGCAUGCAGGUCGCUCAGUGGGAAUGUGCACGAGGAGUGAGGAGGCUUCUCUGAAGGACCUGGGGUCAGUGGAGCCUCCCAUCGUCUCAGUACUGUAACGAGUCUGGAACCUUUUCUUCUACACGACCCCGGUUCCCUGACGGCGACUCAGCGCUCCGAGGACUUCGGGUCCUUUGUAAAUGCAAAUAUUACAUUUUCCUCUUAAAAAACCUUGCAACCGACUUUGCACUCUCAUGGUGCUCUGAUAACUGUCGGCCAUUAUUCUCGUUGCUUGCUCGUACCUUGUGAAGCUUGACACACCGACAUGUUUCACGACUUCUAAUGUAAAAACCCCUCUGCCUGUAGUGAGGCCGGUGAAUGUAAGACGUCCAGAGCGACCCUCAGCGUAGAAGCGUCCAACGAGAGGCUUUAGGGUUCAUCAGCUUUUUUUAAUUAUUCUUUUUAUUCUGAUAGUUUAGGUGUAUGUUAGCUUAUAGAUAGGCGAGUGAAGGAAGAUUCCAUCCACAUAUAAUCUGUUUGUUGAUUUAUUCCCUGAAAAUGUUCCGAUCUGAUUCUCACGUCACCGUCAUCAUCACCACCGGAGAACGAGGAACACAAACUGAGACCCAUGUUUUUCUGUUUUUCUUUCGGUCUGGCUGCUGUAACUUGUUUGGUUUGUUUUUAUAUAAUCAGAACAUGCGUGUAUGUGUGUAUGUUACUACUAUAAUAACGACAGCAUAAAAACGUGUCUAAAUAUCUAGCGACAUAUUCCUCGUGAGAGUGCUUUGGAAAAACUUAUUAUGCAUCAGAUCAAGUCCUAGUGUAAAGAUGACAAUGAGCAAUAAAUUAAAGAUCAUUUUUUAUUGAAUGUUUUACAGAAACAUUUAUGUUCUUGAAUAAAGUAGAAGAUUUUUAGACAG